AGCAAGUCGAGCAGAUAAAACCAGUCUGAAAUAACAAGUCAAGCAUAUAAGAACCGGUUAGUUCACCAGAUCCAUACUUGAGAAAGACCAAAGGGGAAUAGUCUGGACAUUCCGGAUGCUUUACAUGGUAUCCAUAUUGUCAAUCAUCUAAUAAUAUUCACGUAUUCACAUAUCCACUACAUCUGCUCUAUUUACAUUACAUGCUCAAUCAGAGACAAGACUUCUUAUAUUUCCAAUAAGACAUAACCGAACUUUAUCCGAAAACACUAGAGAUCAUCUCCUAUCUUAUACGAACUGAUCACCUCGGAUAAAGCAUCUCUGCAGAGCAACACAGUCUACAAGAGAACACUAUCUAUAUCUAGUGUAUCAUUGUUUACACUCUUUCAACUCAACAAUAUGAGCUCUGCACCAGAUUGGAAACAUGAUUUGAAAGCUUCCGAACGAUACGAUAAUAUCUCCAAGCUAAAGAAGUACCUCUCAGUCGGUGGUCUUGGCGGGAAUACGCAAAAAACUGCAUUUGAAAUCGAAGCAGAGGCUUAUGAUUCUUCGUCAUCAAGAGCCGCCUAUGAUGAUUUAUGUAAUCCUACCCAGCCAAAUGAUGAAGCCUUUUUAUCCACAACAUCUCCAUCACCCAAAGGCCCCGGUAUCACCAUAGGAUCUUAUAAAGAUUGUCACCAUAUAUCCAGUGGUGCUGUCUCUCAAGUUUAUAGGUGCGAUACUGAAGAGACUUCCUAUGCUUUAAAAGUGAUAACAGAAACUCAUAACAUGGAGCCACAUUCUCCUGCUCGUGAAAUUGCUAUCCUCAAAAAGCUUUCACAUCCUUCAAUAAUGUCACUCAUCAAAACAAUCCAUGAUGAAGAAUCAAGAUUAGUUCUGGUAUUGCCAUAUAUGCCAUACACAUUGACAGACUUGCUAUCUAAAAGUAGCAAUGGUCUCAGCACGCGCACAACUAAAAUGAUCUUCAAACAAUUAUUAUCCGGGCUCGCAUACCUUCAUGCAGAACAAAUUAUUCACCGUGAUAUAUCACCAUCCAAUAUUCUUUUACCUCAGGAUAUCAAUGGUCAAAUUCCCGUUGUCAUCACUGAUUUAGGCACCGCAUGGCACCCAAUCAUCUCCUCAUCUGCUGAGCCCUCUGAUCAAAAAUGUCUUGAGGUUGGUACUACAUGCUAUCGCUGCCCCGAGACUCUUUUUUCUAAUACAGCUUACACGACGUCUCUUGAUCUCUGGUCUACGGGUGUUCUUCUCGCCGAAUGUCUCCGCUCGCCUCCUAACCCACUCCUCGAAAGCCGACGCGGUGAUGAAGAUGGGAAUCAACUGGGUCUGAUCUUGAGUAUGUUCAAAACCUUAGGAACACCAACCGCAGAGACAUGGCCGGAAGCAAUGAAGUGGAAAACAAAUCCAUUUCAAUGGUGGAAUAUCUUCCCGAGUAAACCAUGGGAAGAAUUAUUACCAAAUGCUGAGGAAGCUGGAAGGGAUUUGGUCGCGAGUCUGGUUGUUUAUGAAAGUGGUAACAGAAUGACUGCGGAUGAGGCAUUGAAACAUCCAUUUAUCUUGGAAUAAUUCAAUCAAAAGAUAAGCAGCUUAGUUGCGGAUCUACCUUCACAGAUAAGAUAGCCUUGGAACCGGGCUAAGUCAUUUAAUGCUUAUUGCUUCUCUCACACUUCAACUCAUGUCUCACAUUUCAUGUUUCACAUUGACCAGAUUCAUCAUUUUAAUGCCCCAAAGAUUGACAGACUAACACCCCUACAAGUUUUUUCCAUUGCUAACUA